AUGAUUGCAUCACAAGAUGAAUUUCAAAUUUUGAUUGAGUGCUGUAUAUGUUGUGACUAUCUGACCGAUGUUCGAGAAACUCCCUGUUGUCAUCAACUCUUCUGUUUUGCUUGCAUUCAAUCAUGGCUUAGACAAUCUGCUCAAAGUUGUCCUCGAUGUAGUUCAACAGCAUUGACCGAACAAACAUUAACAACAAAUGUUGUCAUUCAACGUUUUGUCGACAAUGUUCAAUUCAAUUGUCCUAAUAAAUUGCAAGGUUGUCCAGCUAAAGUACCUCGAAGUGAUUUGACUCAACACAAACAAUCAUGUCCCUAUUCACCGGAUAACUUAACGAAUCAACGAGAACAGAAAUUAUCUGAAUUACGACUUCAACUACGACAGUACAGUAAUGCGAAAACACGUACAAAGGAAAAGGACAAUGCAUUUUAUGAUUUAGCCAAAGCAUUUCAUCAGGAACAUGCUUAUGAUGAAGCACGGCAAUGUUUAAAAAUGAUGAAAGGCAUGCAAAAUGUGUUCGAUGUCAUGACUCUGAGUGCAAAGAUUGAACUAGACGAUGGUCAAUAUGAUAAAGCGUUAGAAAUUUAUACAGAUGUUUAUUUGAAAGCGAAAUCAAAUCCUCAACGAAUCGAAUUAUUUUUGGCUUCAGGACACAUUUAUCUUAAAAAAGCAAAAUAUACCGAAGCACAAGACAAAUUUAUUCGGGCACUCAAUCUUUUGCCAAAUAAUGAUAAAUCACAGAAAAAAGCCGAAAUUCUCAAUGGUAUCGGGCUUCUUGCAAAGAAAUGUUCUGAUUAUGAUCAAGCUAUUUCAAGCUAUAAUAAAGCAUUUGAAAUAGCUGAUACAAAUUCAGAUCUUUGGUCAGAAAUUGUUGCUAAUCUGGCUGAUAUUUUUCGAAAAAAAGGAAAUUAUAAUGAUUCUCAUGAACUCUAUUUAAAAGCACUUAAACAACUUGAAUCAGUGCAUGGUCACAAUCAUCCUUUAGUUGCUGAUGUUAUGAAUAAUUUGGGUAUUCUUUUGAAGAAAGAAGGGAAAUAUAUAGAAGCAUUGGAUUAUUUCAAACAAGCGUUGAAAAUAUCAAAACAUUAUUAUGGUCAUAAGCAUGAGUCAAUCGGAAUGUAUUUAGGAAAUAUUGGUGACAUUUAUCGAAAGGUAUGCAUUCGAGGCGAUUACAAAACAGCGGAAGUCACAUAUAAGAAAGCAUUAGCAGCAUUGCAAGAGUCAUUGGGACCAAAGCAUAUUGAAGUAGCUGAAGUACUUAAUUCAAUGGGUCUCGUAUUAAAGAAGAAAGCCGAUUACGAUGGAGCAGCAGAACUCUAUGAAAGAGCAAUAAAAAUUGUCCGAGAUACGUUCGGUCCUAAUCAAGAACAUUAUAAAUUGGGUAUCUAUUACAAUAAUCUAGCAGAUCUUGAUCGAGAAAGAAAUAAUUACGACGAUGCUCUACGUUUCUAUCGACGAGCUUUCACAAUAAUCGAAAAAACGCUUGGUUCCGAACAUUCAGAAGCAGCUGAGAUCCUUCACAAUAUUGGACAAGUUCAACACCAACUCGGCAAUUAUGAACAAGCUAUUGUUUAUAUUGAUCGAGCACUUGCCAUUAUCAAAAAAGAGUUCAACGACCAACAUUAUAAAUAUGGAUUUUUUCUUAAUUCUCUUGGUCUUGCUCAUGCAAUGAUGAACGAUUACGAUACGGCUUAUGUACAUCUGACACAGGCUCUACAGAUAUUAUUGGCUACAUUAGGUAUGGAUCAUAUUGAAAUAUGUGAUGUCUAUGCCAAUUUGGGUGAUAUUUGCAUGAAAAUAGUAGCCGAAAUGGAUAAUAAACCGAAGGAUCAACAAGAAAAUCAAGAAUCUACUGAAAAACAGGUCAAAUUGGAUGAAGCGAAAAAAUACUAUUCGGAAGCUCACAGAAUCGUUAAAAAAACUUUCGGUGAUGAACAUACAAAAACGAAACAAUUUCUUACACUUUUGUUCACUGUUGAUAAAUAUCAAGCUUUGUAA